GGGGCCUGGGGCGCCGGGAGGCGGCGGCAAGAGGAAUUCCGUGCAGCAUGUUUUCUGGGUGGAACUGGGUGGCCCGUGGCUUGUAUCUGCUCUUGAAUAUUUGUUUUCUUGAAGUUUCAGGUGGACUUGUACAGUCAUGUGGUCACAUCAUCCCAGAGUCUCCUGUAUUGACCCUUGGUUCCAAUUUCACAGCAUUAUGCAUUUUGAAUGAGAGUUGUCUUGACUUUGGCAAUAUCUAUGCCAAUCAAAUUAUCUGGAAAAUUAAAAAUAGAGUGGUACCUAAAGAACAGUAUCGUGAAAUAAACAGAACAGUUUCCAGUGUCACAUUUAAUGACACUUCUUCAUUAGCUAAUCCUCUGACAUGCAACAUUUUAGCAGAUGGACAGAUUGAGCAGAACAUUUAUGGAAUUACAGUUACAAUCGGCUUGCCCCCAGAGAAGCCCAAGAACUUAAGUUGCAUUGUGCAUCAGGUGUCAAAACUUUCAUACCCUAUGACUUGUACCUGGAACCCUGGAAGGCAUACAUUCCUGGACACUCAUUUUAGGUUGAAGUACAGAUGGCCACAAGAGAACUUUCCUGACUGUAUACCAAAAGAUGUAAACAAUUCUUGUAUGAUUACUGAUGUUCAGUUCUUUGUUAACCUGGAGGUUUGGGUAGAAGCAGCAAAUGUUCUUGGGAAGGCUGAAUCUGAUCCUCUUGUUCUUGAUCCCAUUGAGAUUGUUAAACCUCUGCCUCCACACAACUUAUCAGUCAACUCAGGAAUACUACCUACUGUUCUGAAGCUUUCCUGGGAGAAUCGGAUUUCAGCAGCUGUGAUGAAGCUGAAAUUCAAUAUUCGCUAUAGGAUUGUUGGUGACACAAACUGGAUUCAGGUUCCUCCUGAAGAUACAGCUUCACCAAGAACUUCAUUCAGUGUUCAAGGCCUCAGACCCCACACAGAGUAUGUCUUUUCAAUCCGUUGCAUGAAGGAAGAUGGAGUGGGCUACUGGAGUGACUGGAGUGAAGAGAAAACUGGGGUCACCACUGAAGAUAAACCAUCUAAAGGACCACCCAUAUGGAGGAUCAUUGACGCAUCUCACUCACCAGCUUCCUGGACUGUGCAUCUGAUGUGGAAGGCAUUGGAGCCAACUGAGGCUAAUGGAGUAAUCUCGCAGUAUGAAGUGACUGUCAGAUCUAAAUCAUCUCUCUCUAGUCUACCAGAGAAAUACAAUGUUAGUACCACCAAUCUUACAUUAAAACUGCCAAAUGGAACUUAUGAAGUGACUGUGAUUGCCCUUAAUAGAGUCGGAGCAUCCCCUCCAUCAGUUUUACUUAUUCCAGCAAGUAAUUCAAAAGCUCCUGUGAAGAAUGUUAGAACACUACCUAAAGAUGGCAAGUUGUGGGUAGGGUGGACUGCUCCUAACAGUUAUGUUCUUAAAUAUGUGAUUGAAUGGUGUCUGGUGUCCAACAGCUCAGACUGCAUUAUAGAAUGGCAGCAUGAACCAGGAAAUGUUCAAGGAACGUAUUUAAAAGGUGAUAUAAAGCCAUUCAAGUGUUACUUGAUAACUGUGUACCCUCUAUAUGCUGAUGGUCAGGGAACUGGACAGUCUGUGAAGGCUUAUCUCCAGCAGGAUCGUCCUUCAAAAGGACCAACUGUUCAGACCAAAAAAGUAGGAAAAGCUGAAGCUGUUUUGACAUGGAACCAUCUCACAGUGGAUGAACAAAAUGGAUUCAUCAGAGGUUACACCAUAUUUUACAAAACUAUUGAUGGAAAUGAAACAGCUGUGACAGUGGAUCCUUCCAAGACAGAGUAUACCCUUUCUUCUCUAACCAGUGACACGCUAUAUACUGUGCGGAUGAUGGCGUACACAGAUGAAGGAGGGAGAAGUGGUCCUGAUUUUACAUUUACUACCCAAAAAUUUGGGAAAGGAGAAAUUGAAGCCAUAGUUGUACCUGUGUGUCUAGCAUUCCUGUUGAUUGUGCUCCUUGGAGUUUUGUUCUGCUUCAACAAACGUGACUUAAUUAAAAAGCAUAUCUGGCCUAUUGUUCCUGAUCCAUCCAAGAGUAACAUUGCUCAGUGGUCUCCUCAAGUUCCAGCUAAGCAUAACUUUAGUUCCAAAGAUCAGAUGUACCCAGAAGGCAGCUUUACAGAUGUAAGCGUCGUAGAAAUAGAAGCUGAUGAUAAGAAGUCUUUUUCAGAACAAGAUCUAAAACCAUUUGACUUGCUUAAAAAGGAAAAAAGUACUUCAGAAGGGCACAGCAGUGGUAUUGGAGGAUCCUCGUGCAUGUCUUCUCCUAGGCAAAGCGUCUCUGACAGCGAUGAAGGUGAAACUACACAGAACACUUCAAGCACUGUACAGUAUUCAACUGUAGUGCUUAAUGGCUACAGAGACCAAACACCUGUACAAGUCUUUUCAAGGUCUGAGUCAACUCAGCCACUGCUAGAUUCAGAAGAGAGAUCAGAGGAUCAAGCUGGAGGAGGUGACAGUACAACACACAGGCAACAGUAUUUCAAACAAAAUGGUGGUCAGGAUGAAACCAACAUAGACAGGCCAUGCUUUGAAAGAACAAAGCAAAUUAUUCCUGCUAAUGAGGGGGAUCUUGUUGGGUUUGCACAACUGCAGAUCCCAGGUCAGAGUUCACAGCCGUUGGUCCUUGGGCUAGAAAAAAUUACCCAGGAAGCUGCUCUAUCAGAUGUUUUACAGACAAGUACUGAAGGACAAACUGUGAGAUCUGAAACAGUGGAAGGAAAUACAAUGUCAGUUGAUGAAAUGCCAAAAAGUUACCUCCCGCAGACUGUGAGACAAGGGGGCUAUAUGCCUCAGUGAGAGAAGAGACUGGCUCUAUUUAGGCCUUCAUUAGUGCCUGUUCACGCUUUCUCUCGUGUUUCUGAUAAAUUAAGCUAGAUAUUUUUAUCUGAAUGCAGAUAGAAAUAUUGAAAUUAAGUGAAGACUAAUUUGACAAAGUACAGUAAGGACUGUUUCUGUGGAAAAUUUGCAGUCCAGACCUACUGGAGAUUUACUUUUAUGCACUACAUAAAAUCUUAUGUCUGGAUAGCUGAACAAACCUUUGUGCUGCAUUGGGGUUUUUGUGUCUUGUCAUAACCAAAUUUACACAUGAUUGAAAAUGGCAAAUUUCAAUUAAUCACGUUGGCCAAUAGACCUCCUUGAAGAAAUACUUUGAUUUGUGACAGUGUACAAGCCUAAAAAGGCAGCUUUAGUUGCUUGGAGCAUCUUUGUGCAAAAGUGAGACUGAAGCUUAGCGUUGUAACAUGGAAGAAUACUUGUGUCAUAUACUUUUCAGUAGCUCGAUGGACUUCCUGAAUUUUGACUUGGCCCGGUAUCUCAGUUCCUAGCUUACCAGACAAGCAAAUCAUGUUCAUCCCCAUUUAAAAAUUAUAAAAAUUAAAUAGAACUUACUAUGGUGUGCUAAUAAGAAAACACCAUGAUUGCUUGACUCUGAAUGCUACUAUAGUAACUGAUACUCUGCCUACAUUUAGAUUCGUGUGCACAUGAACUAUAUAAUAAUUUGGCCUAAAAAUGUGCCAUGCAAUUUGAUGCAUAGCAGUUCAGUCUCAUGUUCAAAAGUUUAAAAAUUCAGAUGAAAACACAGAUUAACAGUUACUUAAAAGGUUUCGUACCCAAUUCACUGUCUGAUUAUACCGUACCUCUCUGGUCAUAUAAAUUGCCUUUGUUUAGUAAGUGCACCUUUGCUGUGUACAGCUUGAGAGGCAAGUAACAAGUGGUAAGUUUUUACCAUUCUCCUAACCGCUCAGGAGAAGGGGAAUAUGACCUUCUUACUGAUUGACUACAAUUGGCGUGCUGUAACCUCACUGCUAAUGCUGCAGGACCUCCUGAAAAGCAGCAAAACACAAAGCAUUGAAGUAACUAAAACUCUUGGAAGAAAAUCCAAAACAAGUACCCUGAAUUUGAACAUUACUGGUAGUACAUAUCUAUUAGCAAUCAUGAGCUACAAAUAACACUUCUGUGGCUGUUAAAAUUGCUUUUUUCUUAUAUCUCACUUUCCCUUGUUCACAGUUUCCCUUUUAUUGAAGAAGAUAAUUUCUUGGAGACUCUCUACCAGGGUUUAAAAAAAAAUGAAGUUACACUAAAAUAAACCCUCUCUCCAAUGACAGCUAGAAAUUUGAUGGCACUCUUGUAGAUUGAUUUUUUUUUUUUGUUUGUUUGUUUUUCCAACUGUAACUUAGUCUAGUCAGCUUUCUAAACUGACACUAAAAACCUUCAUUCAAAACACUAAAUACUGUGCUGUGAGAAUAAAACAAGGGGUUUAUUUCUCCUUCAGCAAAAGAACUGUGUAUUUAAGUCCACCUAAAAUCUUUUGUGCUGUGACAUAUGGUGCUGCUGUCCUGCGGAGCACUUGCUAAAGGCCCUGUUAAGGCAGGUGUCAGUAUCAUUUCAACUUCUCUUGUCCUUGUCUGCCAGCUUGCAUGGAAGGACAGGUAUUCUUAUAAAUGUUCAAGUGUCUCCUGCUUUUGUUACAAAGAACUUCAGUGCUAGAGUAAAUUCAUAAGAUUGCCUCUUGAAGUCUGGACUAUUUAAGAGUUAUAGAAUGGAGACUCUAAACAUUUCAGUGUUCCAUACCUUUCUCCCGACAGUAUUUUUUGUAUCUGAGCUCUUUUAAACUAAAAGAAUAUCUUGCAGCUUACUAUAACUAUACUUUUCAAACCAGUACCCUUCCUUUUUCCCCACUCCACCUCAGCACUUUCAAACUCCUUCCUAGAGGGCAAGGGCAUAAUGAAAACUAUGCUGUCACAAGACAGCAGACCAUCUUUUGUUUUUUUUUUUCCAGAGGUUGAAGGAGCGUUCCUUCAUCAGCACACAUUCCUCUUGGGAAAGAAUAGCAGUUACUUUACUGGGGGAUGGGUUGUCUUCUCUAUGCAAACUUCACAGUGACUGUAGAUACCCCAAGUAAAAGGGAAGGUCUCUGAGCAGCGCAGGUGCCUGUUAGAACUGCCCUGCAGCCACGUUCAUCUAAUCCACCUCAUGCUCAUUGCUGAAAUAUUGUGAGCCACAACCUGGUUACUCUAGUCUGAACAUUGCUGCAAAAGCCUGGUUGUUUUCAAAAACAUGAAAAUGUCUUUUCUUUUUGUUUGUUGUGAUCCAGUGAUACUUACUUUUGUUAGCAUGUGUCAUAUUUGAGGGACAACUUCAGUUAUUCCUGGAGUUGCUAUUUGCCUUUCUGUUGUGUAAAGGGAAGGCAUUUUGUUCUCAGUUGCUGUUAAUCAUGGGCCAUUUUCACUGUUACACAGCAUCAAGAGAUUCUCAUUUUUAAAGGUCUGUGCUAACAAGAGUUCUGGCUUGUCACUUCUGGCAUCUUUCUUCUUCUAUGGGCCAGCAGUAAUACACUCCUGUACAAUUCCGUGAGUUUAUCCUAGAGAGAAUUCUGUCUGUCUAGCAGAGUUAUAUUCUUUCAGGCUUGUGCACUUGCCUAGGACUAAAAUACUCAAGACUAAGCAGGAGUUACUCGUAGGUGAACAGCUUGUAGAAGCUACAAUACAUAUAAAUAACAGGUUUACAGCUUGUUCAUAAACCUAUGUGCCAAAUAUUAUAACAUGCAAUGUUCAAGGUUUAACCUGAUUUUGUACUUCGGAUCAUAACAGUCUAAUUGUAUGAGACAGUUGCAUACAGGUUUUUAGAGUGUCUGUAACGUAAUUAUAGUAGUCCACUGAAAUUCUCUGAACUUGGCCCUAACAUAGUAAUUAAAGAAAUAGCUUCCCUUCUCCCCCCCAUAAUUAUGGUGCACUUUACAAAGUAAAGGCAUUGUUAAAGUAAGAUCAUACUUCAGUAUUGACGCCUUCAUGUCCAUUUUGAUUUCCUGGACUGAAAUUUUUCAGGUAGGCCUGGGAGAAUAGUUGUAAGACCAUGUUACUUUGGUGGCAGGAAAGGGAACCUGGUAGAAAAACAAAGUAUUUUUCCUGUAUUAGCAUUUUGAAACAUGUCUUAAGUGCAGGCUGGCUAACUGCUGCUAUGUUUGCAAGAAAAUUGAAUUUAUCUCUCUGAUUCUGUUGGAAUAGGAGGUUGUUGAGGUUGUUUCUGGGUUGUACUGGCUCACAUUCAGGGCACUUAGUCUGGGAAUAUCUUCUCCCACUGCAGCAAAAGUUUUGGGAUUGUUUCAUAUGCCCUACUGUAGGAGAACUAAACUGCCUAUUAAGCCUUAACCUGACAGUGCACAGCAGAGCAAAACUUUUUCUAAAUUUCAUUCUGGAGUGUAUGACAAGCAUGUACCUAUCUGUCCUACAGCAGCCUGGCAAAAUGCUAACUAUCAGGACUGGAAAAAACUUUGACCCUGGGAGGAGGAGGGAGUUUUCUUGAGGGGGCUGAGUCCCAUUCUUGGGAGGCCUGGGGUGGGGUUUGCAGCUUCAGCUUUGACUGUAAAUCAUGAGCACCACCAGAUGAUUAAAACUUAAAUCAGUGUGCCCAAUAGGUGGGAAUCUGUACACUGAUUUAACUUCAGUAAAUGAACUUGGCUAAUUAUUGCCAGGUCUUGAAUAUCCAAGACGCAUGUCAAUAUAUGCUGCUAUGCUGUUGACUUCACACUGGGACCUGAAACUCCAAAGACUGUCAAAUUGUUAAUAGUCAGCUCUACUUUAGGACAUACACAUUUUAAAUUGUAAUUUAUAUGCAUUAAAUGGAACUAAAUAUACUAGCUUAUUUUCCCUGAGACAUUUGUUGUCGUUGAGAUCAACUGUUAAUUGGAUACAUUACUUUAUGUUAAAAAGUUCUCCUGACUGGGGGAUUGUAAAGCUUCACUAAUCCCCUGUAACCUCUUGUUUCUCUGCUAGGAUGGAUACGUACAGCCAUUUUGAAUUCAAAGAGUUGCUUUUAAUCUUACAUAGAUGCAGUUUAUAACAAAAAGGUGGUCUUUUGUCAUGAAACUGCCUUUUGGGAAUUACAGCCAGCCCCACAGUCUUCAGCUUAGCUCUUGAUCCAGAAAUGCAGUAAAGUGGAGGUAAUAAGUGUGAAAGUGUGGAGAAGGGUAAAACUUAAGUAUCUUGCAUUGAACUCAAAUUCACAUUUCUCUUCCUUAAAAGUGAAAGGAUAAGUUACCAAAAAAAAAAAACCAAAAAAAAAAGCUAAAACACCUAUGUUUGCUUCCACUGUUGUUUCCUUCAUAGUACUUGUGCAGUCUGAGCCAUUCCUAAAAAUGAAAGCAGUGCUGACUUAAUGCAGAAGGAUGCAUUUUUCAGGCCACAAGAUUUGAUACAGAUUUAAAAUCAAUGACUAAGGGCCUGAUAUCAACAAGUCUCUACUUCCCCCACCCCUCUUAAUUUUAGUGCAGAGAGAGGGUGGGCAGUAAGUACCUCCCAGAAUGCAGCCUUAGCCAGUACUUGUGUUUAUUUGCAAAGACAACCUUGAAGGGGAUAAAUGCAAUAAAGUCAUUGCUACUCUGCAGAAGCACACUUCUGUGACAAUAGAUGAAAAACACGUAUGGCACAACUGUUGACAGGAUGUCCUCCUGCUCACUGAAGCGCCUUCCGCACCCUGCAGCGGCUGUUCUCCGACAAGUGCGGGCGGGGUAGAUGAGCAUCCACUGCAGUGUUGAAACUGGUAACACCUAUUGCUUUUCUUCAUAUCAAAGCACAUUCGUUAAUGGAUCCAAUCAACUUGCUGUGUUUUUUUAACACGCCAGUCUUGUUUACAGUGUCAUGUAUAGCAUGGCACUUCGAUACAGCGAUGGAUUGUCUAGUAAACAAGUGCUUUUAUUUGAGCUUAAGGAGUUUUACUUGGGGUUAAGCAGUCUAUGGUCAAGGUCACUGGUCACCAAAUGUUGCUGUGCCGAUACAUGCACCGAGAUAAGUGGAGGCAUGGGACACAGGGACAGACAUACUAAGAAGAAAAGUGCCUUGAUGCUGGAUUGCAAUGUAAAUAGUAAAAUUUUACUUAAUAUGUACUUAAAGUAAAUAUGGCUGAUUAAGCUACUGGUAAUUUAAAUGCCAGCUUUAAAGGGCUUGCAUACUCUGGCCCAAGGUUAAACUUGUAAAUUGCUGCAUAAGCUGUCUCUAUAUGGAAAUAUGUUUUAAUACCAGUACAAUAUCUUCAUUCUUUUGCAAGCUGCAUGUUUAUUGUCAUAUAAACUCUGCUUUAUACAAUUUACUUUAUGGUCAGUUUUGAAUGUCUUCCUCUUUGUUACCUAACUGAGCCUGAAUGUUGCAUUUGUCUAGUACAUAAUAUAUGGAAAGAAAACAAAACAAAAUUCCAUACUUA